AUGUCUGGUCAGCGCUUGCAAGAUCGUGUUGCAAUAGUUACUGGCUCUUCUCAGGGCAUCGGCAGGGAGAUUUGUAAUCAGUUCUUCUUGGAAGGCGCGCUUCUCGUUUGUGCCGACCUCAGACCUCUUGGACAGGGUGAAGACGUUGCUACGCACGAAUGGAUCCUACAAAAAGGCGGCAAAGCGACCUUUGUGGAAGUUGAUGUUAGCAAGGCUGAGAGCUGGAAGACCCUGAUCGCAAAAACCGUGGAGAUGUACGGCAAACUCGACAUUGUCGUGAACAACGCUGGCAUCUGCAGCGAAGCCAGAAACCCACAGCCCAUUGACCAAGUCGAUGAGCAUGCAUUCGACGCACACAUGCGCAUCAAUGCACGCGGCGUGUUCCUUGGCUCAAAGUACUCGGUGCAGCAAUUCCUGAGACAGGAGCCACGUGCAAACGGCAUGCGCGGGUGGAUCGUCAAUUUCGCUUCCAUGGUGUCCAACGUUGGUAUGCAAGGUCUGACCGGGUACACCGCAUCCAAGGGUGCAGUCUCUGCCAUGACAAGGACAAUCGCCCUUGAUGUAGCCAAGAAGGGAAUUGUUGCAAACAGCAUUGCGCCUGGAUUCUCUCAAACAGCCAUGCUCGAUGAUGCACUGGGUGGGGCACUCUCUGAAGCGGCAGAGGGCGUUAAGGCCGCCAUUCCAAGGAGCAUUUUCGGCCAUCCGCUAGAUCAUGCGAGGGCAGCAGUUUAUCUCGCUAGUGACGAUGCGCAAUGGGUGACGGGAAUCACGUUGAACGUCGACGGUGGUCUGACGGCGCAGUAG